UUCCUGCUGGUCAGCCCCUCGCGGCUGCUCCGCGGCUCCGGCUCUCCCUGCCGCCUCCUUCCUCCGCGCAAAUGGGAUGCCAGCUAAACGUGAUGUUGUAAAAUCCAUGUGAGGACGAAAGGCAGAUGCAAUGAUUUGAAAGGUCUGUCUUUGGAGGAAAACCGGAUUUUGCCUACUGGAAGAAUGCAGUGAAACUGCCAGUAUUUCUAGCUGGAAUUAUAAAUUUAAUAUUCAACUUUAGCGUUACUAGUUUCUUACUAAAUAGUACCUCAAAGUAGAAGAAAAAUGUAUGGAAGUGCAAGAACAAUCGGCAACUUGGAAGGAAGUCCCGCCAGGUCUCCCCGCUUGCCAAGGUCCCCUCGCCUGGGUCACAGGCGAACCAGCAGCGGGGGAGGAGGGGGGACAGGGAAGACUUUAUCCAUGGAGAACAUCCAGUCCCUUAAUGCAGCCUAUGCAACAUCUGGACCAAUGUACCUGAGUGACCACGAGGGUGUAGCUUCUACUACUUUCCCAAAGGGCACAAUGACUCUUGGAAGGGCUACAAAUCGAGCUGUGUAUGGUGGCCGAGUCACAGCCAUGGGGAGCAGCCCCAAUAUUGCUUCUGCUGGACUGUCACAUACAGAUGUCCUUUCUUACGCUGACCAGCACGGAGGGCUGACCACAUCCUCACACCACCACCACCACCAGGUUCCUUCCAUGCUGAGACAGGUUAGAGAUAGCACCAUGUCAGAUCUGCAGGCUCAGCUUAAGGAUCUACAGAGGGAGAAUGAUCUUCUCAGAAAAGAACUAGACAUUAAGGACAGCAAGCUGGGAUCCUCUAUGAACAGCAUCAAAACUUUCUGGAGUCCUGAGCUAAAGAAAGAGAGAGUAUUGAGGAAAGAAGAAGCAGCUAGAAUGUCAGUUCUUAAAGAACAGAUGAGAGUUUCUCAUGAAGAAAAUCAGCAUCUGCAAAUGACAAUCCAGGCACUUCAAGAUGAGCUUAGAACCCAGAGAGACCUUAACCAUCUUCUCCAGCAAGAAAGUGGGAACCGAGGGGCUGAGCAUUUUACCAUUGAGCUCACAGAGGAGAAUUUUCGAAGACUUCAGGCAGAGCAUGAUAGACAAGCUAAAGAGCUCUUCCUGUUGAGAAAAACUCUAGAAGAAAUGGAGCUCAGGAUUGAAACACAAAAGCAAACGCUAAAUGCCAGAGAUGAAUCAAUAAAAAAGCUUUUAGAGAUGUUGCAAAGUAAAGGUUUGCCUUCUAAAGGAAUGGAAGAUGACAAUGAGAGAACUCGAAGGAUGGCAGAGGCUGAAUCUCAGGUUAAUCAUUUAGAAGUGAUUUUAGAUCAGAAGGAGAAGGAAAACAUGCAUCUUAGAGAGGAAUUGCAUAGAAGAACCCAACUUCAGCCUGAGCCAGCAAAGACGAAGGCUCUGCAAACAGUCAUUGAAAUGAAGGAUACAAAAAUAGCUUCACUUGAGCGCAAUAUAAGAGAUCUUGAAGAUGAAAUACAGAUGUUAAAGACAAAUGGAGUUCUGAAUACAGAGGACCGAGAAGAAGAAAUCAAACAAAUAGAAGUUUACAAGAGUCACUCAAAGUUCAUGAAAAAUAAGAUUGAUCAACUGAAACAAGAACUCUCAAAGAAAGAAUCAGAACUUCUUGCCUUACAAACUAAGCUUGAAACCCUCAGCAAUCAGAAUUCAGAUUGCAAGCAACACAUUGAAGUGCUUAAAGAGUCCCUUACUGCCAAAGAACAGAGAGCUGCCAUACUUCAGACAGAGGUUGAUGCCUUGAGGUUACGAUUGGAAGAAAAAGAAACCUUUCUGAAUAAAAAAACAAAACAACUUCAAGACCUCACAGAAGAGAAAGGAACCCUUGCUGGAGAGAUUCGAGAUAUGAAAGACUUUUAAAAUAUUAAAAAAGAUAAACUAAACUUAUUGAGCAGAAAGAUUGAAAAUCUACAGGAGCAACUUAGGGACAAAGACAAACAGUUAACAAAUCUGAAAGACAGAGUGAAGUCGCUGCAGACGGAUUCCAGUAAUACAGACACAGCACUUGCAACCUUAGAGGAAGCUCUAUCAGAAAAGGAAAGAAUAAUAGAGCGUCUGAAGGAGCAAAGGGAUCGAGAUGACAGAGAAAGACUUGAAGAAAUUGAAUCUUAUAAAAAAGAAAACAAGGACCUGAAGGAGAAAGUUAAUGCUUUACAAGCUGAACUGACAGAAAAAGAGUCUAGUUUAAUCGAUCUCAAAGAACAUGCAUCUUCAUUGGCAUCAGCAGGGCUGAAAAGAGACUCCAAACUUAAGUCUUUAGAAAUAGCCAUAGAACAAAAGAAGGAAGAGUGUAGUAAGUUGGAAGCACAGUUGAAAAAGGCUCAUGAAGCUGAAGAGGAGGCACGGAUGAAUCCAGAAUUUGCAGACAGAAUGAAACAGCUCGACAAAGAGGCAUCAUACUAUAGAGAAGAAUGUGGCAAAGCUCAGGCUGAGGUUGACAGACUUCUAGAAAUACUCAAGGAAGUAGAGAAUGAGAAGAAUGACAAAGAUAAGAAAAUUGCUGAGUUAGAAAGCUUGACUUCCAGACAUAUGAAGGACCAAAACAAGAAGGUUGCCAAUCUGAAGCACAAUCAGCAAUUGGAGAAAAAGAAGAAUGCACAGCUGUUGGAAGAAGUUCGUAGGCGAGAAGACAACAUGACCGACAACUCUCAACAUUUGCAAGUAGAAGAGCUGAUGAAUGCACUGGAAAAGACUAGACAAGAAUUAGAUUCUACCAAAGCCCGUCUUGCCUCAACACAGCAGUCUUUGGCUGAAAAAGAAGCACAUCUGGCUAACCUGAGAAUAGAGCGAAGAAAACAACUUGAAGAAAUUCUAGAAAUGAAACAGGAAGCUUUGCUUGCUGCAAUUAGUGAAAAAGAUGCAAAUAUUGCCUUGCUUGAGCUGUCUGCUUCAAAGAAAAAGAAGACUCAAGAUGAAGUAAUGGCUCUUAAACGAGAGAAGGACAGAUUAGUACAUCAGUUAAAACAGCAGACCCAAAACAGAAUGAAGCUGAUGGCAGAUAACUAUGAUGAUGACCAUCACCACUACCACCACCAUCACCACCACCACCACCAUCGAUCUCCUGGGAGGACACAACACAACCACAGACCCUCUCCAGACCAGAUGAUCCAGUCACUGUUGGAGGCACAUAGCCACGGCAAAAUCUCAUGCUGUACAUUGAUCACCUGUCCAACCUUUGCCUAGAGUGUGAUCCCCAGUUCCUUCAAGAGAUCCAUCUUUACCUGUCUAUAAAGAAGAAGAGGAGGAGGGAGACAUCUGGGAUAUUCAAGUAUCAAAGUUUAACACCAGAGCAGUUGUCAGAGGAACUAGUGAAAAAGGAAGAAAAAACUGUAGCACUGGAAGGUAACAAUGAUAAUCUAUUGCAUUGGAUCUCCAAACAUGACCAUGAUAUCCUGGAGAAGAUCACAGAUGCAGAAAAUGAAUGCUAAGGUUGAUAUCUAAUGAAAUGCUGCAUUAAUUAGCAUUUUCUCCAUUAUUUCUUGUAGUCUAUUGUGAAAUUAGAUACUUUGGAAAAUAAUGAAGGAGACUCAAGCAGAAAUUAUAAGAGCUUCAUUUCUGUCUUUAAUGGGUCUUGUGAGUUACUCUGUUUUUACAAAGAAACCAUCUGUUCAGAAUAUAGUUGUUUCAUGAAGUUCAGUUAAACAGGUUAUUUAGCUAAUUUUUGGUAAAUGAAUAUUGAUUUUAAUAGGUAAUUCAGAUUCCCUUAGAUGUGAUAUCUGCAUUUGCUGAUUUUACCUAGUCUAUUCUAAAGUAUCACUUCUAUUGCACUAGAUUAUCAAAGAGGUAUUAGUAAAAUGCUAUAUAAGGGUGUUGGCAUUAACUUUACCCCCAGUUAGAUACAGGCUUUUCCAAAAAACAAAAACAAGCCUUUACCCUCCUCUGUUUUCUUUUAUCUACUGAUAAAAUAAUAAAAAUUAAAACCAAACCAAAACCAAAUAUUGAUACUAUAACCGGUAUUAAGCUCUGGGCCAGGUUGGAAAUGAAAUCAAUUUUUGGUACUAAUAACUGAUGACAAAGCUUAGUUUUAUGAAAAUAUGGUGUGUGUCUCUGACAAUGUAUAGGACAUCUAAUUUGAACAUAAAUAUAUGAUUAUAUACAAGAUGUAUCUAUUCCUGGAUGGUAAAAGCUUGAGGUGUAUAUAAAUACAUAUGUGUAUAUAUAUAUAUGGACACGUACACAAGGAUGUAUCAACCUUUUACCAUCCAAAUGCAUACAUGUUUUCAACAAUAAAAGCUGGGACUCUUAAAGAAACAAACAAAAAGAAAAAUAAAGAUAAUAUUGCUGUGAAUACAGUAUAUGCACUAGGUCUCCUGUAAAUGUGGAACUGUUUGUUAUUGUUCUCUACACUGAAAAACAGUCUCCGACACAGACCCCAAUGAAUCUUAGAUGUUAAAGAAAAUACCAAUGAACAAACAGCACUUGAAGGCUGUUUGUGUCAACAAAAUGUGUCUAGUAAAAUAAAUUUAAAGCACAUGCAAGGAAAAAUAAAAAUGUGACGUCGUCACAUUCAAUGAGAGACUCUUAAGUGACAGUCAGAUCUCUGCCACUUCCCAAGGAGAGGUUCCUUCUGACUCCACAAACAUUUUCAGUCAGUCUGGCAAACAUGUGCAAGUGUUUGGCUGUUUUGUUGAGGCAUCUUUUUGUCCAUGGAAGGAAGAAAUUCUUCCAUGCUGAUGGCAGUGGAAAUAGAAUAUCUGCAUUUUUAAAGGACAAACAAUAAAUUUAAGCAUGGGUGGCCUUAAUCCUUAGUAGUUUUUCUUUGCUGCUGUUAAAAAAAAAAAAAAAAAAAAGAAAAAGAAAAAAAAAAAAAGAAAUCUAAAUGGAUACUCCUAAAGUCUUGCACUGAAUUUAGAAAAAUUAUUUUUUGAACCUGUGGUGCGAUUAACCCUUAACAUCCUACAUGAGCCAUACAUAGCAAUCCCCUUAAAAUUAUUGUCUAGAGAUGAUGUUUUAUUUAUUUGUACCAUGAUUCUCGGUGCAAUCAAAGAGCAAUUUAUUUGAGCAGGAGUCCUGCUGGAUGUUACUGUCUUCAGUAAAUAGAAUAAAAUGUAUAGAAUUAGCGUAGUGUAGAUAAUCCCAAUUUCAUUCAUGUUUAAAAAGUUUGUCCUUUAACUAUCAAUGGCAUUUUAGAUCUUUGUUUUUGAAACAGCAAAGCUUUUGGGAGUAUAUUUAGCACAUAUGACAAAUGUUGCACUUGGAAACUCAGACAACAAAACUGGUUUCUCAUGACAAAUUUGUUGUCGCAGUAGGGGACAAUCGUCUGUGUCUCUUACAAUCAGGUCUUUACCUUAACUCUGCAACCGAAUACUUGAAGUAGGAUAUAAACUAGGGGGGAAAUAGGGUCACAAAGCUGUAUAGUUAGAUAUUUAUAUGUAUGUGCCAAUUUUGUCACAGCUAUUAUUUUAGGGGCAUUUUUGCUCCGUUCAUGUUGGUAUGAGUAUUGAUCUAAACUUUUAUCAGGGCCUAAAAGUUAGCCCCUAAAGAGGAAAAUUUUGUCUAACAUUGAUUUUUUUUCUUUCUUGCUUUGGGGUUUUUGGGUUUUUUUCCUCCUUCUUUUCAUUUCAUGUGAUAUUCUAUGAUGUUUGGAGAAAAUCUUUUCAUAUCCUAAAACAGAAUCUCGGGGUUUACAAUAAACACUGUGAUGUUGGGAAAUAUUUUAUUUGAGCAAUGUUUGGUAGAUUUCCCCCCUCCCCUCUGAGUGUAAUGAAGCAAACCAACUUUUGCUUAACAUUUAAGAUAAUGGUUAUUAUUUUAACGUGAGAUCAGUCUUGUACUGCACAUCCUUUCUUUCAUUUAAAUGUACAGUAUGAAUUUUGUAUUUAAUGAAUUUUGUGUAUCCAGUAUGCACGUACCUGCACAUUGACUUUCAUUUGAAAGUGGGUUUCAAUUUACUUUUUAAACAGUGUUUAUGAAAAGACCUCAGAUGUGUUGACACAAACUAUAUCCGCAAAGUUUCUUUUUGUGUGUGUAGGGUGACGUUUGAAUGUGACGUUCCGCAGCAAUGGGUCAGUAUCCCCUAUUUACCUUAGAUCCUCAUUUGAUAGUGCUUCUUGUAAUAAUUUUUUCAAGUGAGUGGCAUGUUCUGGAUUGUGAUAUUGAUAUAUGGUUAAGGACAUUGAUAUGAAACUAAGGAAUUCCUAGAAAUUACCAGUGGGGCAUGUAUUAGACAGUCAUUGUAAUUUAAUGUCUUGUAGAAGUGUAAAGUACCAAGGUAUUUAGAGUUCAUAACAUUGUUAUCAUGUGUAUGGGAAGUAUUUAGUGUUGAUCAGCUUGUUUAUUUUCAUCAAAUAAACUUUGUUUCUUUCUGAAA